AUGGGUUUGUCCAUAUUAAGCCCGUUGGCACGGGAAGAAGCAGUGGGAGUGGUCGAUGGGAAGAUAUACGUGAUCGGAGGAAGUGUUGAUGAGAGCCAAGUGGAAGUAUUCGAUCCAGAAACACAAACCUGGGAGUUCGCAGGCGAGGAGAAAGUGCAAUGCAAGUCGCGGUUUAGUGCGUCGCUGGAGGACAGGGUUUACAUGGUGGACUCCCUACAUGGGAGAAUCAGUGCGUAUACUCCGAGAGAAGGUAUAAGCAACGUGGCGACAGAGAGUCAAAGUGAUAAAAUGAAUUGCUUGUGUGUGGUAGAGAAUGUGAUAUAUGCUUGUUUUAAGCGGAGUGGGUUAAUGUGGUUUGACACAAAGCUAAAGGUUUGGAGAAGAUUGGUUGAUUCUGAUGGGAAGAUGGAUAUUAGGUGUAGAAUGAUCGCAUUGGAUAGGGUAGGAGAUGAGAUUCGUGGGAAGAUUGAGUGGUCUGAUUGA